AUGCUCUCCAAGGCAAUCUUCAGCACCUCGCUGCUCUCAGCGCUCGCCGCUGCCGCACCUAAGCCCCAGGUGUCUGGCUACACCAACGCCGAUGCCUCGUUCUCGGUCGAGUACCCCACUGGCACACCUGCUGCCAGCUUCGGCCCUGACUCCCAGGUAGCUGCUCAGCCUACUCAGCCUGGCUCUGCCUACCCUCGCAUCAGCGCCGACCCCACUGGUGCUACCAGUCACGGUCCCUACUCUGGCACUCCUACCACCACUGGGGCUGCUAAGGCACCCGCCACUCUCGGCACUGCCAUUGCCCCUCUCCCUCCUAACCCCACCGCCACCUACUACAACACCAAUGGCUCUCCCCAGAACCCCAUGCCAAUUCCCUAUACCCCGGCUGGUGGUCUCGGCACCAACGGCACUGAGCCUCGCUACAUGGUGAACUCUGACUUCGACUACGAGUCGAUUCAGCUUGGUCUUUACCAGGAGUGGAUUGAGCUUGACUUGUUCAACAACGGUCUUGCCGUCUUCUCUGAGGAGGACUUCCUUGAGGCUGGUCUCACUGCUGAGGACCGUGCCUACAUUGCCUUCAUGGCAAUCCAGGAGACUGGCCACGCUACUCUCCUUUCCAAUAUGCUUGGCGAGACUGCUGCUCCCCAGUGCACAUACGACUACCCCUUCCGCACCGUUCGCGAGUUCAUCGACUUCAACCAGAAGCUCACCCGCUGGGGUGAGUCUGGUGUUUGGGGCUUCAUCAACCAUCUCGACUCUCGCGAGGUCGGCCAGCUCCUUGCUCAGUCGAUUGCCACCGAGGCUCGUCAGCAGAUGUCUUUCCGCCAGAUGCUUGGUCUUCACCCCAUGCCCGUCUGGUUCGAGACUGGUAUUCCCCAGUCUUGGGCCUGGACUUACCUCGCUCCCUACAUCAGCUCCUGCCCGGAGAACACCACCCGCCUCGCAUGGCAGAACUUCCCCACCCUUCACAUCGUGAACCAGGCCAACCCCAACCGCUUCUCUCCCAACGACACCAAGCCCAACGAGGUGGCCGGCAACCGCAUCGCCGACCCCUCCGACUCUACCAUCCCUGCUGACGAGUCCUGCGUCGGCGUCAACCCCCAGGAGAACCCCGGCUACAGCUGUGCGCCUGGCAUCACCCGCAACCGCUCGGAGCCCCUCUCCUUCCCUGGCAAGCUCGUCAAUCUGACCUGGGAGGCUCCCGGCCAGGCUGUCGGCCCUAACAACUCCUACAUUACUGCCACCUCUGCCGGCGCUCCUCUGUUCGCCGCCUGGGUCAGCCAGUUGAACCUUACCUACACUCCUCUGACUGUCACUGGUAACAACUCUGGUUACACUUACCAGCCUGCCAGCGAGGUUUACCAGGGUGACCCAGCUGCCAAUGACACUAUGUUCCUGGCUAUCACUGAUAGCGACCUCUACCUGACCCCUUUCAACCUUUCCAUGAUCAACCCCCACGUUGUUGCUCUUGGUCUCUACCAGGCUGGUUAA